AUGUCCAACGAAAAGACCGUGUCCGAGUACACGAUGGCGGCAGCCAAAGCCAUGCUAGACGAGAUUCACCCCAAACUACCCCAAGCAUCCAAUGACCAUAAUUCGUAUUGUUUAGGAUCAAUAAACGGACACAACAUUGCCAUCGCUUGCCUCCCAUCUGGUGUUCACGGGACCACAUCUGCUGCCACUGUUGCAUCAAGCAUGUUGCAUACAUUCCCAUCCAUCAAAUUCGGACUCAUGGUUGGAAUUGGAGGUGGUGUACCUGGUCGACAUAGUGACAAGAAUGAUCCCAUUCGACUCGGUGACGUUGUCGUGAGCAAGCCUACGAAUAGUUCCGGGGGAGUCCUGCAAUAUGACCUUGGAAAGAGUCUGGGUAACGGCUUGUUUCAACGAACUGGAUCAUUGAACAAACCCCCGCAGGUCUUGUUGACGGCUGUAUCGGAGCUGCAGGCUGAUCAUAUGAUGGGGUUUACGCAGAUUCCUAAUUUUCUGUCGCAGAUCACCCAGAAGUAUCCUAGCAUGAAGACGUUCUCGUAUCCCGGGAAAGAAUUUGAUGAACUCUUCGAGCGGGAGUACGAACAUGUCUCAACUGGAGUUGAUAAUGAUAAUGAUGGACCGUGUAAAAUGUGUGAUAAGCGGAGACUGGUCCCUCAACCAGACCGAAAGACGACAGACCCGCGCGUCCAUUAUGGAAUCAUCGCAUCGGGCAAUCAACUAAUGCGAGAUGCGAGGAUGAGAGAUCUUCUCGCCCAAGAAGACCCAGGCAUUCUCUGCUUUGAGAUGGAAGCCGCCGGUCUAAUGGACCAAUUUCCCUGCCUGGUCAUACGUGGUAUAAGUGAUUACACCGAUUCCCACAAGUCAGGUCUCUGGCAACCAUAUGCAGCCUCCGUGGCAGCUGCAUACGCAAAGGAGUUGCUUUCUGUCAUCUCGGCACGUCAAAUCUGGAAAACAACUACUAUCAACGAAGCCAUUGGUAUUCAGCAGCCUCCACCCCAAGCAGCUAACCCUUUGCUCCAGCUGGCGGGCUUGAGUCUCUUGGGACCUAGUACACCUCUACACGAAGCCAUCGCAAGAGGUCAGCAUGAUGUCGUAAAGUCCCUACUGGAAAAGGGAGUACCCAAUAUCAAUGCACAAGAUAGCAGAGGGUAUACCCCACUCCAUAUAGCGGUUGAGCAGGACGACCUAGUAUCUGCCAAAGCGCUUAUUGAGAAAGGAGCAUCUACCUUCCGGCCAAAUAUCAUGGUACAACCCGUCCUCAAAAUGGCCGUCCAUCUAGGAAAUGAGGAGAUGGUGAAACUUUUCUUGGAUCAAGGAGGGAAUGUGGAUGAACGUGAUGCACUAGGUUACACGCCCCUGGUAGCAGCAGCAUCGUCAGGUAACGAUAAACUAUUGACGCUCCUUAUCCAGCAAGGAGCAGACCUAAAUGCGAGGGGUUCCAGGGGUGGUACGGCGUUGCAUCAAGCUUCGCAUGUGGGACACGCUGGCGCUGUGAGGAUUUUGUUGAAAGCGGGGGCAAACCCUGAUGUGAGAGAUAUCAGUGGAAGGACGCCUUUGCAAAUUGCUACGAGAUUGCGUCGUGAGAACGUGAAGAAAGUGUUUGCUGAGGCAAAUAUUGUUUAG